UAGUGGCAAGUGUCGGAAACGUGUGGGAGGCUUUGGGCGCUGUUCGUUACGUAGAGCGGUAGUUGUCUGCGCUGACCUGGAUGUCUAUGGCCGAGGAGGACUCUACAGACCUCUUUAAACAUCAUGGAUUUUAGAACGACAGUCAAUCGCUUUUUCCUCAAGUACACUGAAUAUAUCUUCCCCUUGAAGGUGGCUGUACGGCAAGUGUGAUGUCCAUCUGGUCUGCUGAAUUGUGACGUGAAGAAUCGAUAAGUUUACGUUAGCAAUCAAUACCUGGACUGUAUUGUUUCUUCGUGAAAUUUCGAGACGUUUUUGUUUCUGUUCGUUCGCCUGCUGACACUCUUUAGUGUGUUAUCAUCGUUAUUGCGGGUCAACAGUAUUUACGUCUUUGGAGCGAGGAAGUGAAGCUACGUCAGGUUAGCUGAACUUCGAAAGAUAAGACCGGAGGUGGGAUGGUUUUUCCUUCAAAAUAAAAGCGUCAAAUACAUUAGUUUCGACUUUGAAUAAUGAAACCUGUGAUGGGACAGAGUUUGUAAUGUUUACACAAAACAACAGCAACAAGUUUUAUGAGGAAAAGAAUUCUCCAUGUUGAUUAUUGCCGCGUCACACUGCAGUUUUUAGACCCCUCGAUUGGUUUUACAUUGCAAGCUUCGAUCGGAAAUCGUGUUCGCUUCUGCUUUGUUUGACACCGGUUGGAAGAGGGAUGUGUCCAGGAUGUAUUUAUUCUGCUGAUCAGGAUAUGAAAAUCAUUGAAUUAGUGCUGCUUCGGGAGUACUGCUUCACCACCGGACACAGCGGGGGCUACGACGGUGUUACUGUCUCUAAAUGUGGUUGUGGUUGGUGUUCGAAAACGGCGAACACGACCGAAGCUGCUGUACUGGUUUCGUUUGGACUGGACUAUCUUCAUGAAGGCUUCUCAACCUCACGCCCAAACAAUUUGUAUGCGGGGCUGUAUUCUGUGCUUUACAUAAUUAAAGUAUGUGAAUAGACACCGUCACAUCGUUGACACUUUUCUUUAUUUUUUUCUAGGACAAAGACUUGUGUUUUCCUCUUUUUUAUCUCUACAAAUCUCAACAACGUAGCGUCAAGUAAUGAUGGAAUCCUCUGUAGCUCUCGGCAGACUGGAACUGACCCCCAGCUCAGGCGCUGUUGGGGUAAGUCUGACCCCGCGGCUCUGCGGCGCUCCCCACGCCAAAGAAAAGUGUGGUCAGCGUCCACUGGGGCCACAAAGCCAGGCUCACCUAAACGGCUGUAUCCCCCUGUCACAUCAGGUGGCAGGUCACAAGUAUGGAGUGGAUAAAGUGGGUAUUUUGCAGCAUCCAGAUGGAACAGUCCUGAAGCAGCUUCAGCCUCCACCCAGAGGUGAAAGAGAGAUGCAGUUUUACAGCAUGGUAUAUGCAGAGGACUGCUGUGAUCCAUGCCUUCUGGAGCUCCAGAACCACCUGCCUAAAUACUAUGGCACCUGGUCCUCUCCUGACAGCCCCAAUGACCUGUACCUCAAGUUGGAGGAUGUGACCCGACGCUUCAUCAAGCCGUGCAUCAUGGAUGUGAAGCUGGGCCAGAGGAGCUACGAUCCAUUCGCCUCACAGGAGAAACGGGAACAACAGAUCAGAAAAUAUCCACUGAUGGAGGAGAUAGGCUUCCUGGUCCUUGGCAUGCGGGUUUAUAAGGUGUGCAGUGACAUGUUUGACUCCUAUGACCAGCACUAUGGGAGGGGACUGAUUAAGGACACCAUUAAAGAUGGCCUGGCUAAAUUCUUCCAUAACGGGGUUAGUCUGAGAAAGGAUGCUGUAUCAGCCAGCAUCUGCAGAGUGCAGCGUAUCCUCCGCUGGUUUGAGUCCCAGCACCAGCUGACCUUCUAUGCCAGCUCCCUUCUCUUCGUCUAUGAGGGCCUCCCGUCUUCUUCCUCUUUACCUUGUCUUUCUUCCCAUUUCAGCACCCCUUCGAUCAGCCAGAAAGCAGGGAAAACUGCCAUGCUGUCACUGGGGGGUGAUAGCAAUUGGGGUGGGGAGGAGAAAAGACUGGAAGGGGUGGGAGAGGAUGAAGAGGUGGCUGAGUACAACAACAACAACAACAUCCAGGUGACUGUGCCCUGGGACUACAGCUUGGCCACCAUCUACACCAAUCACACAAAAGCUGGCCACCACCAUUAUGCCAAGGGUAAUCUCCAUGGCAACAGUGGAGACAGUGGUCCUGUUGAGAUGAUAGUGAGCUCAGUUUCUGGAGAUAACAUCUCAGCACUGUGUGUAGAGGACAACUCCACAUGGAAACGGACAGGUGAGUCGCACCAACUACCAAAUGGAAAUGGAAACAAAUCACAACUGGAAGGGAAGGAUGAGGAUGGAGAGAGAGAGGAAAGUGGCAGGAGGAGAGAGAAUGAGAAGCUGAAAGAACAAGGAGGUGAUACAGCAGAGUUGGGAGGAGGAGACACAGAGGUGGAGGUCAGGAUGAUCGACUUUGCCCACGUUUUCCCAAGCGAGAGCCACGAUCACGGCUACAUCUAUGGCCUCAAACAUCUGCUUAUGGUGCUGGAGCAGAUCCUGUGUGAGACUGGUUAGAUUUGUCGCUCCUCCCUACCUUUCCUUCACCUCUUGACCUUCUCAGUGAACUGCUGUCUCCCCCCUCAAUUCCUCAAUUCCCCUCUCUUCUCAAAAGAUAGAAUCCUUCAGAGGAGAGACCGAAGAAUCAAAGAAGUGAAUAUUAAAACAGAAUCAUCAUCAUCAUCAUCAUCUCACCUGAUUGUGAUGGUCCGUCAGUGCUGUGUGUGCGUGUGCAUGUCUAUAAGCAUGGUGGAGGUAGUAGAGACUGACAGCUAUUUUUUUUCCCCGUGAUCAGCUGCACUACAUGCACUAAUCAAUUUGUGAAGGCAUUGCGACCCUGUACUUAAACACAACAUUUUUAGCUGCAUUUACUGAUGCUCAGACAAGCUCUACAAAGUCAUAGCUUCACCUUUGGAAAUGCAUUCAUAGAAAGCAGGUUUUGACAAGAAUAUUUUUAUAUCAUGGCCACUGAAUUUAGCAUGUAGGUUUCCUUUAAAUUAGUGGUGGGCUGUGCGAUACAAGAAUGUAUAUUGAGAGACAACAGGAAUUAGUCAGCCACCAGAGUUUUUUCUAACACGUGAUGUUUUCUGGCAGUAUCCAUUUUAGAGGAGUUUAGCAUCAAACCCAUCUGUGCCUAACAAUUUCUCAAUUUCUAGAGAAUUUAUUAUUUCCUGAUUAAUAGCCGUAUUGCAUUCUAAAAUAACUUGUACUGUGAUUCAAGAUUUUUGUCUCAAUCACCCACCUCUACCCCUACUAAAUGUAUUUUGACAAACAAUCCCAACUCAUGGUUCACUCACUAGCUUUCUCCGGUUGUUACAGCAAUGGACCUGUUUACAUGCAAGCUUAUCAGCUGUAACCAUUUCAUGCAAAGCCAUCCAACAUCCAACACGGGGCCGUUUUUGAGUAUUAUUUUAAAGGGACAGUUCAUGCAAAAAAUAUAGGGAAUGAACCUGAUCGAGGAAUUUGCUUCCUAUCUCCUACUCAAAAACGAUUCAUCAGCAAAUUUGCUCAGUUUUCCAGGAGAUGGAUGUGUUGACAUGCAAUCUCAGUAACUAUUAUGAUUAUUAUUUUGGUAGCACUUUCAACAGCUGUGGGUAGGGAUUGGGUCCUCAGGGCUCACAAGAAUUUUUUGAGGUAUGGCGGGUAAAUUUUGUGAUCAUGCCACAGGAUUAGAAUUUGGGCCCAAACCACAAGUGUGAACAUUAUAUGCGGAAAAUGUUUUUUUUUUUUUCACCCCCAAUUUGAGUGAAUUCACAAAACUUCAAUGAGAGAGACUGUAGUGUGUGCUUUUAUUUGUUUUGGGUCUUUUUUUUAAUCAAGAUGAUGUGUGUUCAUGGAUUAUGAGUCUGCCUAGAAAACUGCUUUACCCAAACCUGCUGUUAGGCAUAACCUGAUAAAACUUUAUUUUGCUACAGCAUUGAAAACAUUUUUCUUUCAUCCAGCUAAUGCUCAUCAACAGAGGCUAACUGGAUUUGGUUCAUUUAGGUUGAACCAGAACUCCCCUUGUUGGUGCACACUGAGACCAGUGAAACCAAACUGUGAACAGUUAAAAUAGGACUCAGAAUGUCUGGGUUAAACUGAUACUGAUUUUCAGUGAGUUUGUGAGCAUUCAGUACAAAAAGUCUGCAGAAUGUUGAGUUUUAAGUCAGGUUGUCAUUUUUGUUUAAAACACUGUCUACAGGUAUAUAACUCAGGUAAAUUUACUGUAAGAGAAAAUGCUUAAUACCAUUAUCUUCUCAGCAAGAAGAUCCUCAUGCUGUCUGGUUAUUCAGUUAUAAACUUCUAUUUUAUAUAGUCUUAUUCAAUGGUAAUCUUAUCUAAUGGUUGAUCGUAUCUCAUCAAUGUUGAUCUUGGAGCCAUGUUUUUGACCUCUUAACCUUACAUGUUGUGUUAUUAUAAUCUUUUACCAUGGCUGUGAUAAUUGUUGUACACGAUGGGCUGGCAAAUCAUCUCUCCUUUCUGAUGCCAGUGCUCCUCCCUCUUUGUUCUUUAGUUUUAGGAACAGGGUUAUAUUGCUAAUAUUUUGCUGUCAUAUCUUGUACUCUCAGUUCUUUAAGAAAACAUAUCAAAAGGUUGCUGAUCUUUCAUGUGUGGAUUGGACUUCAGUGCCAUUUCUCUAUGAUAAAUCUAGAGUUAUUCUAUGAUUUUAAGUUAUAAUAUUGUAAUUAAUUGAUUUAUAACUGGGCAAGGAUAGGAAGAAGUUUUCACCCAAUUUGUUGUUUUUUUUUAUUUGAUAGAAGUAAUAUAACUUCCCUAAGGAUUUUAAGAUUGUAGUAAAGAUUGUGGUUAUUUCCCCAUUUUUUUAAGUUGAUGGACAGGCUUUUUUGGCUUGGUGUAGAUGGGCAGACAUGUUAGAAUACUGGUUGCUAGUAAAAGUCAGCAUGUCCUUUUUACACUAAUUUCAGCUUGAAGCAACAGCCUAAAAUAGCUUUAGCUGGUUUUUCCAUUUUUUUGUUAAAGUCAUAUUUGGUAGGGUUGACUGAUACAAUGCUGUGGAUAUUCUGUAUACACUGGAUGAAUCUCUAUGAAUCUAUCUGUUUUCAUGCCAAGUAUGUCAAAGGUUUAGUGAAACCAGUGAUAUUCAUUUAACUGUAAUUGACUUACGGAAGCUGAAAGCAGCUUUGGUUGCUACAAACUUGUUUGUCUUGUCUUGGGAUAAAACUGUUUUCUUGCAAUCAUGACUUCAUAUUAUCCCCUCUUAUCAGCCAGACUGUAGCUGAAAGAUCUGGAAAGUGGACAUUGUGAUAAGAAUUGUUAUUUCUAUUUCUAGAUUGGAUCUCUGAGCUCAGAUUGUUGUGUUGUGUUUAGUUAUGCAAUUAUAUAUCAGUUUUAUCAGUUUUCAUGCUGAAACAUACAACCAAAAAUGACUUGACUGCAGCCCUGGAUAGAUUAUAAAGUAUGGAAGCCAGUCAAGCUGGGAACUGCAGAAGUCCAAAUAUGUUGUGGUAAUAUGCAUCACUAAAUUACAGUAGUCUGUAAUUUUUAGUUUCUAAAGCUAUCAUAGCAGAUUUUACAGGUAGACAACACUAAAGAGUUGAAUACAUUUAGGACAUUUAGGCUACGUUGACACUGAAGGCCUUAGUGCUGAAUUCAGAUUUAUUGCUCACACCUUUGAUGUUUUUGUUUGGCUGUUCACAUCAUUAUUUAACCAUAGCUAAAAUUUAAUUCCCAUGUGAACUGGUCACAGUCCUGAACUGACCUGGAUGUACGAAAGUACAAUAGCAAAGAGGUGCAGGUCGGUGAAGUCUGCCUUUAUUUUUUUGUUAUAAGGUCAUGUGCAGUGUAAGGCAACAAAUUCAUGACGUUGAUGAUGAGGACGAUGAGGAGAAAGAGAGCCAGAUUCUUAAUUUGGGCUUUUUAUGGAGCAAGCAUUGUGUGUGUGUGUGUGUGUGUGUGUGUGUGUGUGUGUGUGGAUGUGGACUUGGAGCCAGGAGUUGAUUUCCAUGUGAUAUCCAGUCUUGUUCAGACUGAGGUCGCAAAGCAAAAAAUCAGAUCUGUAUCCGAUUUAGGACUACAUAUGAAGGUGACCCAAAUCAGCAUUAAAAAGAUUCUGUGACGUGUGCUGUGCACACUGCCUUGACAAAAAAAAACCCAAAAAAACCAUUCAAAUAUGAAAAGAAGCAUCAAAUUCUGAUCAUUUUUGCUUGCAGUGUGAACGUAGCCUUUGAGCCUGACAUCUGUCUCAUCUGGAGUGAGUCCAGUGCAGUCAGCUAACUUUCCAGUGUGAUGACAGCAAAUGAAAUGUUCUGUUUAACUCUUGUCUUACACUGUAGGACAAAUAAGAGAGGCAUUUUAAUAAUUUAAAAACUCAGCUGAAGAGAAUAAUCUGAGAGCUUUUAAAAUUAUUUGUUGUAAAUUGUGUUCACUUAAAUGCUAAGCAGUUGUUUUGUGCCAUUGUCUAGUCUCUAGACUUCUGUACAGAUUUACUUACUCCACUCUCUGCUUGGAGCUACUUUAAAAUGUAAUGAUGAAUCUCACUGCUCCUGUACACAACAGAUCCACUUUGAUUUUAACCGGUAAUAUAAUAUAUUAAUAAAUGUAUUAAUAUAAGGAACAAUAUGAAAACCCUAUCCUUUGUAAAUUAACUUCAUUCAAUCUGUUAUCAUUUAAAUCUAAAUCAGAAAACCUGGGAACUAUUGGAAUAUAAUAUUUUCUCUAACCAUUAUUUCAAAAUAAUAAAUGCAAGAGUUUAGAAGUCUUCUAAAGGAUGUUUACAGGAGUUGAUAAGAGAAGGGAAGAAGAAUUCUUUUUUAACUGCCUUAUUUUCCUUUUUUCUGUUUCUCUCUAUUGAUUCUUGAUCAUUCUGGCAGCUUUGUGAAUCUCCCCUCUGUGUUUCAAGCCUGUUGUGUGGCUAAUCUGUAAAAAAGCAUAUCAUGCAUUUGUAUACUGGGCAUUGCUGAUGGAAUGAAUUUAAUGAUUUUUUAAUGAUUGACUCACCAUGAUGCAAAUUUUUGACUUGAAUCUUCCUUAAAUCAGAGCAAAAAAACAGAAAAUCUGUCACUUUGCUGUGGAGGUGGGCAGAUUUCACCGCAGCAGAGCAUAUCCACUAUGUAUCCACUCUUCAUUAUACUUAAUGUUAAAAAGAUGCACAGCACCAGCAUUUUGGUGUGUCUAAACAUUUUUCUUGUAAAGGACCACAGAUAGGUUUUUGUUUCUUUAUAUUGGAGGCAAUCAGCUGAAGCAGAGCACAGUGUUUAGAUUGCUGAAUAUGUUUUUCCACUCACUUUUCAGGCAGCCACUGGUGUCCAUUCCACAUUAUGUCUGCAAUUUACUGUCACUUGUGAAUGCACACUGUGUUGAAAAAGUCUGAAUCACCAAGCAGUAGUUUUUUUGGAUAUUGAAAUAAGAGAUGUUACAGUGUAUGUAAAAUAAUACAUAAUAAAACAGUAAUAAUUAAUAAUCAUUUGAAGAAAAAACACUGAACAUUUAAUUUGUAGUUCUGCCAAUCUGUGACCUUAUUCUGUUUGUUUUGAAAUAGAAUUGCAACAUUAAUUCUAAGUGCUUUUUAAUUUAAAUUUAGUUUCAUUUUUACAUUCCAAUUCCAUUUCAUAAUAAUUCUAUAAAUAUAUAUAUAUAAUUUCUGGACACUAGUGGCAGCCUAGAGGAGUGAAGAAGAUGAUGGCCAUUAGACCUUUACAGAUUUCUACCUACAUUGGGUUGGAUUUGCGGCAACCAGAUUCCCAACCAGUGACAGACCUGUUCACUUUUAAAUGUAACACUUGAAGCCUGACAAAUCAAGAAUUGUGCAAAAUGUGGAUGUGGCAUGUCUGAAAUCGUGGGCCUGAUUGCUCUGUUACACUGCCCACCUCCUCUGCCUCAAAAUGUCUAUAAUGUUUGUAUGCAUCUGUACUCAUACUAGAAUUACAUUUUAGGCCUGAAGACUAAAUUAUGAUACCAAGAGUCUUGUUGAAUCUAGAAUGUACUGAUUUAUGAAAGCAUCAGUCUAGCUGUGUUGAUAGAGCAGUGGUUCAGUUUUAUGUUUCAUGACCACUGAUGAUUAGGAGGCAAAAUAUCAGUCUGACAGUGACUGAUCUGAUGGUUCUGGCUCUCUGUUGCUUUUUAUAUGCUCAACUCAUUUGUUUACAUUUCAGUUGCUCUUCUCAUAGCCAUUAAAGGUUAGAGGCCAGGACUUUAAUACUGAGUGAUUUUUUUUAUUUAAUGUCACCUGUCCUUUGAACAGUACAGAACUUAUUAUUCUCCAUUAAAGGACCAUAUAGGUGGUGUGAAAAAUCAUGUCAUAUCAUACUGCACAUUACUGCCAGAAUACUGUGUACUGCACUGUAAAUUCUCUUGGUUAUAUUAAAUCAACUCCUCUUUUAGCAGUAUUCCUGUAAUUAGAUACUAAUUUACAACUUAAAUCUUGUAAGUUGAAGAGACGAGUUGACUAAAUAUCCAGCUGAGUCACUUAAUUCAUCACAUUAAUCGCUGGUUGUGUUUGCUUCUUUUUAUCAUUUUAACAAAUUUAUAUGAUGGAGGUUGUUGUGUGUUUCCAUGCAAGCAUUAUGAGAGAUCAGACUUCACAUUGUUUUAAAGUGACAAACACAAUUUGGAAUCAAAUCCAAUUUGUCUUCCACCUUUUCACUUUUUCACUUCAAAAUAACAUCAGCUAAGACAGGAAGAAGUUAAGCAUAUUGCGAGUGUAAACAAAGAAGUUAUAUGGAGUUAUAUGGAAUGAUUUACACUAUGGUUGUCUUGGUCACAGUAUCCCAGUAUAUUGAAUUCUAACCCUUCUGUUGUGAUAUUGAUCAAAUUCUUGCCAAUACACAACUGUAAUGUCUAGGAAACUUUAUCCAAACAGCCAAGUUUGUAUGUGAGGAAACAUCUGAAUUCAAAUAAUGUUUCUCAGAACAUUGAUUUUUACUACUCUGAUUUUAUCACUUUAUCACCAUUACCUAAGAAGAGAUGCAAAAGAGCAACUACUGUAAAUACUACUAGUUAAUUUUCAUUGCCCACUGAAGUAGAAGUGAGCAGCUGCCUUAGAAUGUUGGACAUCAGUCUAAAACCUGAUGGGAUGCUUUGAAAAAUGGACAGCAGUAAUCUGAGCAAAUUAAAUGAAACAUGCAAAACCAGCAAUAUCUUUCCUGAAUGGGGUCCAGAAAAAGUCAGAGGGGUGGUGGGAAGAAAUUUUUCUCAGCCAAUCAUAAUCCUUUGCUUUCAGUAAGGACCACAGCUUCAAUGGAAAACAUUUGACUUGAAAAUUAGUAUGGCUCAGUGUGGAAUGCUACUCAUAUGGUUUAAAAGCUGAACAGUGUGAAUACUUAUGAAAUGUUGGUAUUUGGCCACCAUCAUGAAAACUAAACCUGUUGAAGGACUGAGUGUACUAGGUCUAGUUCAACUUUUCCACCAGUGUUGGAUUUCUGUGGAUCUAAUGCUGACAGAAAGAUGUCCAACACACUGUGUUAAAUGAGGAACUUAACCUGGUCCACAUUGUUGAGCCAUGUUAAAGAAACUGAGCUCUGAAACUCCUCAGUGUUGGUUUUUGAAGUGUGUUUGAUUGAACAUGCCCUCUAAAUUAGCCUGAAGUAAAAUGGAAAAUAUUAUAAAUGUACAUAAGGAGAGGAACUCAAACAGUUUCAGUCCCUGAUAUACAAACCUGAUAGUUAUUAUUUUUUCAGCAAUAAAAAUAUUAAUCAAA